AUGGCACCAACAACAUUGCCUUCUCGUAAGCGAAAGGUUCUCGCGGAGCCUGCUCCUGUUGAUGAUGAACUCGCUGGUGUGGAACUCGAUGGUAUCUUAUCCCAGAGCGAGGACGAUUCAGACUUCGAAGAAAGCGACGUUGAAGGUGAAUUACACGACAACUCUUCCGAGAAUGAUCUAGAUGAGCACGACCAAGACGCCGAGGGAGAUGACGAUGACGACGAUGCAUACAGCGAGGACGCUUCUUCCGACGCCGGCGACAGCUUCGGGGCGCCUCCUACCCUCGACGCUGAUAACUCGGAACCGAACUAUCGCGUUGUAAAGGAUGCCAAUGGAGGCGAGCGCUACGAAUACGCAGAGGUCGAUCCUGUCUAUGACAGUGAUGACUCUGAUGCCCAAGGUCCCGUGAACACGAUCGGAGACAUUCCUCUUUCGUUCUAUGAUUCGUACCCCCAUAUUGGCUACGAUAUCAAUGGCAAAAAGAUUAUGCGCCCAGCUACUGGGGAGGCGCUAGAUGCCCUCCUCGACAGCAUUGAGAUCCCCAAGGGCUGGACUGGCCUGACAGAUCCGGAAACUGGAAAGCCGCUUGACCUUACCCAGGAUCAACUCGAGCUUCUCAAGCGACUGCAGAUGAACGAGGUCCCGAAUGAGGGAUAUGAUCCUUAUCCCGACAUGGUCCCAUAUUUCACAAAUAUUGAGGAGAAGAUGCCCCUCAGCGCUGCACCAGAGCCGAAACGACGAUUUGUUCCCUCCAAGCAUGAGGCAAAGCGAGUGGCUAAGCUGGUUCGAGCUAUCAAAGAGGGGCGCAUUCUGCCAUACAAACCCCCGGAGGAGCGCCAAAGAGAGGACGAAGAGAAGGAGGAGUCGUACUAUGAUGUGUGGGCAAACGAAGAGCCUCAGGAUCCCCAUGUCAUGAACAUCCCAGCUCCCAAACUCGCUCCUCCCGGAUACGACCUCAGUUACAACCCUCCACCCGAAUACUUGCCCACCGAAGAGGAGAAGGAAGCUUGGAAGAAUCAAGAUCCAGAAGAGCGAGAAAAGGAGUACCUACCAGCCAAGUUCGACUCGUUGCGCAAGGUUCCUGGUUACGGCGAGUUCGUCAAGGAGCGUUUCGAUCGCUGCUUGGAUCUCUAUCUUGCACCACGAAUUAGGAAGAACAGGCUCAAUAUCGAUCCUAACUCUCUUCUGCCAAAGCUCCCCCGCCCGGAGGACCUCAAGCCAUUCCCUACCCUUAACCAGACGAUCUUCCGCGGGCACGAUGGGCGGGUUCGUUCUGUGGCAUUCAGCCCUGACGGUGAAUUUGUAGCCUCUGGUGGCGAUGAUGGCACUGUUCGCGUAUGGGCCCUGAAUGGUCAUCAGGAAUGGAUGGCCAAGCUCAAUAGCGAGGAGCCCGUCAACAUGGUACGAUGGCGCCCUAACAAGGAGACCUUCAUAUUAGCAGCCGCUGCUGGAGAGGAUCUGUUCUUCAUGAUUCCAUCUGUUGCUAGCGACGCCGUGGAGAAGGCGAGUCGCGAAGUCCUUGACGUUGGGUUCGGUUACGCUACCAACGGUGCGCAGUCUAGUGCAAUGAACGGCAUAAAGAAAGAGCCCCCAGCCAAGUGGUCCCGACCUGGCGCCAAAUUGGAGGCUGCUGGAGUGCUCUUAAUGGCCACUGUUAGGUCGGCGAUCAAGGUUAUCAAUUGGCACAAACGAGGUGAAUAUAUCUGCACGGUUUCUCCAACUGGACAACGAAGCUCAGUCGCCAUCCAUGCUAUCUCUAAGCACCUGAGUCAACUACCCUUCAGAAAACUUCCUGGUCUUGCACAGACAGCCCAGUUCCAUCCGUCAAGGCCACUCUUCUUCGUUGCCACGCAGCGCAUGAUCCGAUGCUAUGAUCUCCAGCGUGAAGAACUUGUCAAGGUUGUCCAACCUGGUGCCCGAUGGAUCUCCUCUUUCGAUGUGCACCCUGGCGGAGACAAUCUUAUUGUUGGAUCUUAUGAUCGAAGGCUCUUGUGGCAUGAUCUUGACCUAUCUGCUCGUCCUUAUAAGACUAUGCGAUUCCAUCCUGAGGCUAUCCGAGCCGUUAAAUUCCACCGCACACUUCCUCUCUUUGCUGACGCCAGUGAUGAUGGCACACUGCAGAUUUUCCACGGUAAGGUUGUCAGCGACCUCAUGGAAAACGCUACAAUUGUGCCUGUCAAGAUGCUCCGAGGCCACAAGGUUAUCAGCAAAUUAGGUGUUCUGGACGUGGAUUGGCACCCCAAACACCCGUGGUGUCUCAGCGCUGGUGCCGAUGGAACAUGCAGGCUGUGGACAUAA